GGCGAUUUCGACCCCUUGGCUGAUAAUGCCGAGCGCCGUGUGCUCUUCGCUGCUUUUGAUUCUUUUAGGUGAGUCACUUGCUAUGUGACCCGGUUGAACAUGAUCGGUGGUAGUCCGCUGGCAUGUCAUCUACGUUGCUAACACCCUCAGGCAAUAUCGGAGAACGGCGCACAUGAACACGACUCACCGUCGUCGUCAGGCAUUUUAUGCCCUACCAUCUGCCCACUGGCAGAUGUUGUCUGAGCCGCCAUUCUCCAUCCUCGACAACUUUAACCGCGUGGAUGACGCCAUCGACGUGAACGCCGACAUCGCAGAUGCCAUCCUGACCACCGGUCUCUCGUCGUUCGGGCUCUCUGCGAACCCUGAUCCCAAUGACCCGCGUGAGAACUGGCACGGGACGGCCACUCAGUCCGAUGUCAACAAGGCGCACUCCACCCUGAGACAGUUCUACCGGGACUGGAGUCAAGAAGGCCAAGCAGAGCGAGACGUCUGCUACGGCCCUGUGCUGUCCGACUUGCAGGACGAGUUCGGCGCCCGGAUUGGGUCCUCGGAAAACGAGGACGAAGUCAGGGUGUUGGUUCCUGGCGCCGGUCUGGGGAGACUGGUGUUUGAGAUCUGUCGGCAAGGCUUCGCUGCGGAAGGAAACGAGAUCUCCUACCACCAGUUGCUGGCGAGCAGCUGGAUUCUAAACCACACGCUCGGCCCUCGGAAACACGCGCUGCAUCCAUUUGCGCUGCAUUUCUCGAAUCUCCUGUCUCGUGAGCAACAGCUGCAGGAGGUCAAGAUCCCGGAUCAGCAUCCGGGUACGGCCAUGGUUGAAGCCCAGGCGAAUUCGGCGCCAUUUGGGCGCAUGAGCAUGUCGGCUGCCGACUUUACUGUGUUGUACACCAACCCCAGUAAUAAAGAGGUGUUUGAUGCCGUGGCGACGGUGUUCUUCAUUGACACGGCGCCGAAUCUCAUCCGGUAUGUCGAAGCGAUCCGACACUGCCUCAAGCCCAACGGCCUCUGGAUCAACGUUGGACCGUUAUUGUGGCAUUUCGAGGACGGCAGCAACCGCAGUCAGCACGGAGGCAGUGAGGAGGGCCAGGGUGACCAGGGGAUUGGGGAACCCGGGAAUGUGGAGCUGACGGAGGCAGAAGUGUUUUGCCUCGUGGAGCGAAUGGGCUUUGCGAUCGAGAAGCGCGAGGCGCCGCACGAGCGACCCAUGUGUGGAUAUAUCCAGGACCCGGACAGUAUGUUGCAGCCGUUGUACCGGCCGUCGCAUUGGGUAGCACGGAAACAAAAUGUAUAAA